UGCGCCUCAGAAGGCUUGUUUUACGCUCAUUUAUUCAUAACUCCUCUAGAGGGCGCUGUGCGAAAGGAAGAACUAACGUAGAAGAAGAGGACUGUGGGCGGCGGCGGGAAACAUAAAUAGGAGCUCUGUGUUUAUAUUAGUGAAAUACAUUACUUUUAUUCUCCGAGGCCGGACUGUAAAAGCUACCCACCUACAACAUGGUUCAAGAAUUUCAUGUACUGAGAUGUUUUUCCUGUCAAACAUUUCAAGUACAGCAGAUGAAGAAGAGUAAGACAUGGACAUGUAAAGUGUGCGGCGAGAAGCAGUCAUUGAUGAAGGAGUUUGGUCGAGGCGCUGCCGCUGACUGCAGAAGGCAUGUCCAGAAGCUGAAUGCUCUGCGAGGACAGAUGCUGGAGGUGAACAGGGAACAGCUGCUGUCACAGCGGGAACCGGAUGAAAACUAUGAAAACGAAGAUGUUUAUGAGAGUCUGGAUCAAAAUCCUAAAUCAGAGGAAGUGGCUCACAUCAGCCGCUGGAGUAAAUACACUGAUCAAACAGCUGAGGGUCCAAAUGGACAUGAAGAUGAGGAAGAAGAUGAGAAUGUUUACACAGAAAGACACAGAUUCAGAAGCCAAGGAACCAGGAAAAGGAAGAAAAUCUCCUCUUCAAAGUCUUUUGGUGGCCGUGAUGGUAACUGUGAGGAUGAGGAGUCAUGGACUGGUUGUUCUGGGUUUAAGAGACGGCCGGAUCAGCCACUGCAGCAUGACAGGAGAUUCAAUUCAUCGUGGAGUAAAGGAUCUGCUUCCAAAUAUUCCUCCUGUGGCAGGUCAGGUGAUAUGGAGCCGUGCACUAGCACAAAUCUCCCAUCAUCCCGUCAGGCUGAUUGUUAUCCUACAGCCUGCUCCAGUUCCACAGCGGAGAACUCUAGUGAAAAUAAACAGCAGUGUAACUCUUCACAUAAGCUGCCAGCAGCUGAGGUAACCAAAGGCCUUCUCCUGCACAGCAACAGUCCUUCUGGUUCUUCUUGUCAGAAGUUUGGUGAAUCGAAGAUUGAGAACAAGGACUCCAAAUGGGACAAAUUCCUCACAGUUGUCCCUAAUCAGCAGGACGAGGAAGAGAAUGACUAUGAAGCUCAUGAUUCCUCUAAUUACAGUGAUAACACAGCAGUGGCUUGUUUCACAGAAGCACUUACAGACAAGAGUGUGGAUUCUGAAGAGUGUGGAGAUCCACUGGAUGGAAAGGACAGUGGUGCUCUAGGGAGGCAGAAGUCUGUUGGUGAUAUUUGUGUGGAUGGAAACAUCAGUCACAGCUCAAAGCCAGCUGGUUUUGAAAACGCUGUCUGUAAACAGCCUACACUAUUUAAGAUGCCAUGUUCAAGCCUUUCCAUAAACUCCCUGUUCUUUACCGAUGAAGACUUUGACGACACAUUUUGAGAAUAAGUUGCGUUCUAUUCAAAAAUGUACGUUUUAUGGUGUUACCAUAUCCUCUUGCAUUGGUAGUUAAACCAUUCUCCACAGUUUUGCACAUUUAAGAAAAUACAAACUUUUUUUUUUUUUGCAUUUUAUUGAGGAUAGAAAGUACAGGAAUUUUAGAAGACCUACAGUGACAUUAACCUGAUUCCAUCUGUUUAUUCAAACUAACAAUAAAAAUACCCCCAGGUUUCUGCUGAGCUUACAAACUCUUCUUAUUAGUUAUGUAAAUGCAAACAGAAAAAAAAAAAA